AUUACCACCACCCGGCUAGGCAGGCGGCUAGAGGCUUCCCCAAGAGGCCAAGACAGAGACCACCACCACCACCGCGCCACCGCCCCGAGGGCCCGAACUCCGAGUCUCCGACAGGAACACGGCCGCCUCCUCUUGGGUCCCAUUUCGCUCCCAUCCCCUCCACCCCAAACCCUAGCCUUGGUCCCGCACCCUCGUCCGUCUCCCAUGGCGACUACCGCGGCGGCGUCACCUUCUUCGUCCUCCUCCCUGCUCCUCUCCCGCCGCCACGGCCAAUCCUCGUCGGCGUCUCGCGCUGCCCGCUUCCGCGCACCGAGGUGCGUGCUCGGGGUCGAGCAGCUGCGGGUGCUCGAUGAGGGGAAGCGGGUGGGCGGGGGCGAGCCGAUGGCCGCGGCGUGGACGCCCAAAUCGCCCGCGCAGCAGGCAAGGCUCACCGCGCUGCCGCUCGAAGCGCGGGACUCCAGGCUGAAGAUCUUCUCCGGCACGGCCAACCGCCCGCUCGCGCUGGAAAUUGCUUCUUAUCUUGGCGUAGAUCUUGGCAAGAUCCUUAUCAAGCGCUUUGCUGAUGGAGAAAUUUAUGUGCAACUGCAAGAGAGUGUGAGGGGCUGUGAUGUGUUCUUGGUGCAGCCCACUUGCUCUCCUGUCAAUGAAAACCUCAUGGAGCUCUUCAUCAUGAUUGAUGCGUGCCGGCGGGCCUCAGCACGGUCUAUUACUGUUGUCAUUCCGUACUUUGGGUAUGCCCGAGCAGACCGAAAGGCUCAAGGACGUGAGGCCAUUACUGCCAAACUUGCUGCAAAUUUACUCACAGAAGCGGGCAGUGACCGGGUCAUUGUAUGUGAUAUUCAUUCUGCGCAAGCAUUGGGGUACUUCGAUAUUCCUGUGGACCAUAUAUAUGGACAGCCUGUGAUUCUGGAUUACCUUGCCAGCAAGACAAUAUCUAAGGAUCUUGUGGUUGUUUCUCCUGAUGUGGGUGGUGUUGUUAGAGCACGUGCAUUUGCUAAGAAACUGUCUGAUGCCCCUUUGGCUAUUGUUGACAAAAGAAGGCAGGGUCACAAUCUGUCAGAGGUCAUGCACUUAAUUGGUGAUGUGAAGGGAAAGGUUGCUAUCAUGGUUGAUGACAUGAUUGACACGGCAGGGACCAUUACUAGUGGAGCAGCGCUGUUAAAACAGGAGGGAGCUGAGGCUGUUUAUGCUUGUUGCACACAUGCUGUCUUAAGCCCGCCUGCAAUUGAAAGGCUUUCCGGAGGCAUCUUUGAGGAAGUUAUCGUUACAAACUCCAUCCUGCUGCCAGAGGACAAAUGCUUCCCGCAGCUAACGGUGCUCUCCAUGGCAAACCUCGUGGCGGAAACUAUCUGGCAUGUCCAUCGUGACGGCUCCGUGAGCAGCAUCUUUCAAUAGCGGCGAGGCAUCUAUCUGCUUACAUUUGGGCGGUAUAGAGAAGGCACUAGAUGCUUGUGCCAUUGGCGUAGGAAUCAAUUUUGGGUGAAAUGACAAAUAAAGUUACCUUGCCAUGUAGAUGCAUGUAGGCAUCAUACUUGAACCGGGCGAUCAAUUUUACACCUAGGAAAGGUGUCUAGUUCCUGACCCGUGUCUCGACACAUACUCUAUUAUAUAAUUCAGAAAUAUAACUCGUGUCGCUUGUGCCUAUUCUGAGGAA